CGGGUGGGGCGAGGCGGCGCCGGGCUCGGCUCGGCUCCGCGGGCGGAAGAGGCGGCGGCGGCGGCGGCGGCAGCGGGAGCCGAGGAGGAGGCUCCGGACGCCGCUCGGGAACUGGGGACGUCGCGUGCCCGCGCCCUGAGCGCUCAGCCCCGGAGGCGUCAUGGCCGAGUACGGGACCCUCCUCCAGGACCUGACCAACAACAUCACCCUUGAAGAUCUGGAACAGCUCAAAUCAGCCUGCAAGGAGGACAUCCCCAGCGAGAAGAGUGAGGCGAUCACCACUGGCAGGGCCUGGUUCAGCUUCCUGGAGAGCCACCACAAGCUGGACAAAGACAACCUCUCCUACAUCGAGCACAUCUUUGAGAUCUCCCGCCGUCCCGAUCUACUCACUAUGGUGGUUGACUACAGAACCCGUGUGCUGAAGAUCUCCGAGGAGGAUGAGCUGGACACCAAGCUGACUCGUAUCCCCAGUGCCAAGAAGUACAAAGACAUUAUCCGGCAGCCCUCUGAGGAAGAGAUCAUCAAAUUGGCCCCUCCACCGAAGAAAGCCUGAGCAAGGGAAGAGGAGGAAGGUUGGACCUUCAUCGGACCAUUCCCUUCCCCCAUCCUCCAGGGGAGGGGGCAAGGGCAACCCCCCAGCCUACCCACUUACUAACCUGGUCCUAACCCCCUUCCUGUGCGCGUGUGUGUGCGUGUGCGCACGCUCUGUCUGUCUGUGUGUCUAGCUCAUCAUGCUCCCCCUCCUUGUGAGGGGGUGGGGGUCAGGGGCUGGGGGGGGCUCGGUUCUCCCACUCUAGGAGGAGAGGGAGGCUGUUUCUAUGCAAAUAGAAAUGGGCACAUUCCUCCUUCCCUUUCCUUCCCGUUCCCCCACAACUCUAAAGUGUGGGAGCAGAAAGGACCUGUAUUUCCCUACAUUGAGGAGCUGAGGUGGGGGUGAGACCUGGGACAAAGGGGUGGGUCUCAUGAAAAGCAGUAAGAGGGAAGGUGAGGAGGCUACCCAAGCCCACCUGGAAGGGGCGAAGGGAAGCCGGAGCCCAGUGUGUGCCCCCCCGUGCUGGCCUGGCUGAGUCGUCUCCAGCUGGCCCUCAGGUUGCAGGGCCUGGGCAAGCAGGUCCCUUUCUGCUCCCAUCUCAUGAGCCUAUGAUGGGUGGACCCAGGGAUCCGAGAGGACCAGUGGAUCCUAUCCUGGCCCCAAAGUUUGAACCCUGCCAAGCACCCAGCAUUGAGUACCCACCCCCACCUCUGCUCUGGAGAGCCUGUGCUGGGAGCAUGCCCCACUGAGCCUGAGGGGGGUGAGGGCAGAGAGGGUCCCUUUCCCACUCCGUAUUCCUCCUCAGACUGUUGCACAUAGUGAUCCCGAACUACAGAGGUUGGGGAAUGGGAUCCUUAGGUUUUAACUCCAAUGCUGCCUCACCUCUUGGGUCCCAAUGUGGUUACUGCAGGCAACCUUCCCUGUCUCCCUGGUCUAAAACACCCCAAGCCAGAAAGAAGGGAAGAAGCUAGGGUUUUUCUUUGCACUGAUCCCAUUCCACCUGGGAGGGCCAUGGGAACCCCUCUCCCCCAACAUCCUGGCACCUGGGGCUUGUGAACACCUGUCAGCCAAAUCACUAGAGUCCAGCCAGCCCAGCCUCCCGCCUGUCCUGAGAUGCCCUCUGCACCCCGACCGUGCUAACUGUGUGUACAUAUAUAUUCUACAUAUAUGUAUAUUAAACCCGCACUGCCAUGUCUGCCCUUUUUUGUGGUGUCUAGCAUUAACUUACUGUCUAGGCCAGAGUUGGGGCCGGAGGGGAAUGCUGCAGUGAAGGGAGGGGCAGAGUCAAACUGCCUCACAGUCAACAAAAAGAACUUUAAAAAAAUUUACAUUACAUUCACUCUCAAGAGACUAUUUAGAGAAUGUUUUAAGUUAGGAGUCUUUAGGAUGUGUGACCAAAACUUUAGUGGGAGGGGAGACCUGGCUUUGGAAGAGGCAAGAAGCCAGACUGGUUGGAGAGCACCCUCUACUCCCAGCCCAGCCCAGCUUGCGCGUCCCCUCUGGCCGCUGCCGCAGGUACCUGCCUUAAUACAUACACCUUGAGUACUCCAGUUUGGCCUUAAAGGACCUUCUCAAGUUUCCCAGCCCUGUCUGGCUUCUCCCUCAAAGCGAGAGAGACACUUGUAGAAUGUGGGGAGGGGGAAUGAGCACGAACUGUCCUUCCAGUCAGGGUAUGUGAGGAGAGAGAGAGCAAGACAGAGUGAGAGAAUGAGAGAAUAAGGAAGCUUUCUAUGAAAAGAGGAGAGAAUGAGAUGGGAGAAGGGAGACAGGAUGUUUAUUCAGCAGAGUCUAGUAAUUUCUCUGUAAGGCAAAAUAAUCUAAGACUAACCUGCCCUCCCACCCUGUGUACCGCUGUGAGAGCCCCUAUCUUGUGCGCCUCUAUCUGCAGUGUGCACGGCCUUGUUCUAACCCUGGAAUAAAGGUGACUGAUUGUACUGUA